UUUUUGUUACGGAUCGGAAACUCGACUGGAAACCUGCCUUGGCCGAGCGACCGUAAGCAGCGAUAAAAAGGGUUACUGCCUCGUCUUGCGGGUACACAUCCCUCACCUCCUCACCACAUCUUCAGUCUGUUGGGUGUGCACGAGCGUCAAGAGAGAGAGAGGCGCAGACAAAAAUGACGUCGACGAGCGCCGUGCCCGCCAACAAGGCCGGCCCUGCGGCCGCUAUGGACGAUUCCGUGGUUCAGCACACCGCCGGUGCCGGUGAUCUCGGCGAGGGAGCGGCCCAGGAAGCAGGCCAGCCCGGGGAACUACUCCAAGAGAAGGCGCAGGCCGGCGAAAAGCAACCAAAGUUUGACGGUGGUGAUCGUCUCGAGAAGACGGGGAGCACGGGGACGUGGGGAGAGGCACAGCGAGGCGAGCCGGUCGACAUUAAGCAAGCCCAGGCCGAUUUUGACUUGGCGAGGCAGACAUCCAGGCAGGGUCGCCUUCAGCACGCCCGGAGUCGAAGUCAGGAUAGCAAGAGCGGCUUCGGCAAGCUUGCUAAAAGCAUAAGCAAUCAGGGGUCCAGGCAUCAGCAGAUUCCCGAGUCCAAGCUUGAAGAAGGCCGAGAGGGGAUGGGAACAGACGAAGAGGACGACUUUGACCUGGGAAGGUUCAUCCGAGCUAGGAACUACGAGGCCGAGCAGCAGGGCGUUCACACCCACAAGCCCCUCGGCGUCUCCUGGCGCGACCUCGACGUGACGGCACCUGGCAGUGGCGGUGGUGGGAUGCUGGUCAAGACAUUGCCGCAUGCCAUCCUCAACACCGCCACUACGGACCCGAUCGGCGUGCUCUGCUUCGUUUUCCCGCCUCUCCGUUCUUUCCUUGCCAAGAGGGCAGGCGCACAUCAGCAAAAAACCUAUCUCAUCCAGGGCCAAAGUGGCGUGCUUCGAGCUGGCGAGAUGCUCCUCGUCCUGGGGCGACCCGGUUCAGGGUGUUCGACGACCCUUCGAGCUCUGACGGCCAGCAACAACGCCAACGUUCAGCAGUCGGGCACCGUCAGCUUUGGUGGUCUGAGUCCGGACGAGAUUUCCAAGCACUACCGCGGCGAAGUCAUCUUUUCCGACGAGGACGACAUUCAUUUCCCCACCCUCACCGUGGCCCAGACGCUCCGUUUUGCGCUCAAGAACAAGGUCCCCACCCGCAGCAAGAGGCUGCAAGGUGAGGGAAGAGCCGAGUUCAUCGACAUGGUCACCGACGUCAUUCUCAAGAUGUUCGGUAUGUCUCAUGUCCGAGACACCGUUGUCGGCGACGCUGCCGUCCGAGGUGUCUCUGGCGGAGAGCGUAAGCGUGUCACAAUCGGCGAGGCUUUGAUCACGAGGUCUUCCGUCGUUGCCUGGGACAACUCCACGAGAGGUCUCGACGCCUCGACGGCCCUCGAUUACGCGCGCAGUCUGCGUAUUAUGACGGACCUGUCGCACCGCACGACCAUGGCGACGCUUUACCAAGUUUCUGAGUCCAUCUACGAGUACUUUGACAGGGUUUCCGUAAUUGACGAGGGCCGGUGCAUCUACUAUGGGCCCCGCGACCAGGCCCGCCAGUACUUCCACGACCUCGGCUACUAUUCUCCUCCCCGCCAGACGACAUCCGACUUCGUCACGGCCGUCACAGACCCAGACCAGGUCGAGUUCCGAGACGGUUUUGCCGAUCGGGCGCCUCGCACAGCUGCGGAGAGAGAGCGCGUGUGGAAGGAGAGCGGCCUUUAUGGGAAGCUCAUGAAGGAGAUCGAGCAGUACGAAGCCCAGGUGCGCGAGGGCGAGCGCGAGGAAGCUCAACAGCUCGCCAAGGCAGCCGCCGCGGAAAAGAACAGGGGUGUCAAGAAAACGUCACCAUUUACCGUCAGCUUUUGGGAGCAGGUCAAGGCUUGUAUCUGGCGCCAGCUCCUCAUCCGAUGGGGCUCGCGUGUCGAUAUGCAGAUCAAGCUCUUUACCAUCGUCUCGAUCAGUCUCGUCAUCGGCGCUCUCUUCUACGGCGAGAAGGAAGAUUCGCAAGGUGUCUUUACCCGUGGCGGUGUGCUCCUCUUUUCGUGUCUAUUCAAUGGUUGGCUUCAGCUCUCCGAGGGCUUCGAGGCCGUCGCCGGCCGUCCCAUGCUCGCUCGCCAUCGCCAAUUCGCCUUUUACCGACCCUCGGCUGUCGUCAUUGCACGGGCAAUCGUCGACAUUCCCUUCCUGCUUGUUCAGUGCUUCAUCACGUCCAUUGUCGUUUGGGGCUUGGCCAAUUUGCGAAGGGACGCCGGCGCAUUCUUCAUUUACUUCGUCUACGUCUUCCUCUCGGCAUACAACCUCACAGCCCUCUACCGCGGAAUCGCUGCUUUCUCUGGCGGCUUCAAUGAGGCGAUCCGAUUCAGCGUACUCUCUCUCAACGUCAUCAUCGUCUUUGUCGGUUACGUGAUUCGAAGGCCGCAGAUGAACUGGCUCGUCUGGCUCAAUUACGUCAACGGCAUCAGUUACGCCUUUGAGGGAAUGCUCGCAAACGAGCUCAACUAUGACAUUCAGUGCAACCCAAUGCAGAUCGUGCCCUUCAACCAGGUCCGAGACGUUGCCUACCAGACGUGCGCCCUCACCGGCGGCCGCCCUGGCUCCAUCGUGGUGCCCUCGCGCGACUACCUGAGCACGACGUUCAAAUACUCUCGAAGCACGAUCUCUUACAACUGGGCCGUCCUCAUAGCGUUUACCGUCCUCUACUUUAUCCCGACGCUCAUCGCCGCAGAAGCCAUCGACUGGACGGGAGGUGGUGGUGGCGUCACGGUCUACGCGCGCACCAAGCAGGCCAUCGCCAUGAUGAAGGGCGAUAGCAAGGCGACACCAGACGAUGUCGAAUCGAAAGGAGUAGAGAAAACUCCCGCGCAGGCUAAGCGUGUCGAGUCAGACCACUCCAUGGCGAACGACAGCACACGAGCCAACUCCGAGGUCCGUGCCAACGGUACAUCCGACAACAGCGGCAAAGACGUUGCAGUGACCAAAGCCGAAGACAAAGGACAGGAGCUUAAUGACGAAGAGAUUGAAAAUCGAGCCAUCUUUACGUGGAAGGAUGUCAACCUGCAGCUGGCGUCGGGGCGCAAGCUGCUGCAGCACAUCGACGGUUGGGUCCGGCCUGGUCAGCUGACAGCGCUCAUGGGCGCUUCGGGGGCGGGAAAGACGACACUGAUGAGUGCCUUGAGCCAACGAGGCGUCGCCGGCGUCGUCACCGGCGACAUUCUCGUCGACGGAAAGCCCCUGGAUCGCGGAUUCCAGAAGGGCACCGGUCUGGUACUCCAGGGAGACGUUCACAUGGCCACACAAACGGUUCGCGAGGCCCUCGAAUUCUCUGCCCUCCUUCGUCAGCCUGCCGAGAUCUCGCGCGAGGAGAAGCUGGCUUCGGUUGAGCACGUCAUUGAUACACUCGAGCUUCGGUCGCUUCAAGACGCCCUCAUCGGCGUUCCAGGCUUCGGCUUGGGAGUCGAAAAGCGCAAGCGUGUCACGAUUGGUGUCGAGCUGGCCGCCAAACCGGACCUCUUGCUCUUCCUCGACGAGCCCACGAGUGGUCUUGACUCGGCAGGUGCGGCCGCCAUUGUCCGUCUGCUCCGCCGUCUGGCAAAGGAAGGACAGGCUAUCCUGUGCACCAUCCAUCAGCCCAGUGCACUCCUCUUCGAGGCCUUCGACAACGUCCUCCUCCUCCAGCCUGGAGGUGAGACGGCCUACUUUGGCCAGAUUGGCGAGAAGAGAGGCACCGGAAGCGAGAAGAUCCGCGGCUACUUUGAGCGCGCCGGUGCACAGCCCUGUCCGCCCGACGAGAACGCCGCAGAGUACAUUCUCGAGGUCGUGUCCGGAGGCAAGGGCAAGGGUACUGAUUGGGCGGAAAUGUGGCGAGCGUCGCCCGAGGCUAAGGCGACACGGGAAGAGGUCGAUCGCAUCAAUGCUGAGCGCAAGCAGCGACCAGCUCGCAAAGAUCCUCGCGCCCUGUCCGAAUACUCUGCCAACGCCAUGACGCAGCUCAAAGAGGUGACGAAGCGGCAAAUGGUUGAUGCCUGGCGCGACUCUUCCUUUACCUACGGCGUCCUCUUCUCCAACUUCGUCGUUGGUCUUGUCGCCGGUGGCGCCUUUGCCCACCUCGGUUUGAGCCCGGUCGACUACCAGAAUCGCGUCUUCAUCGUCUUCCUCGUCAUCCUCAACAUUCCGGCCAUCGUCAAUGCCAUUCUCAGCAAAUUCUUCACUAUCCGCGUACUCUAUGAGGUCAGGGAGCGCGAAUCGAAAGUCUACGCCUGGUACGCCCUCGUCACGUCCUUCAUCAUCACCGUCCUUCCCUUGGCCGUCGUCUGCUCCGUCAUCUACUUCCUUCCCUCGUACUUCAUCCCCUACUACGAGACGUCCUCGUCCAAAGCCGGCUACUUCUGGCUCCAGGUCUUUGUCAUGGAGAUCUGGGCUAUGCUCUUCAGCUUCCUCCUGGCUGCCAGCUGCCCCACUCCUGUCACCGCCGCCAAUCUGCUUCCCUUCGCCUUGCCCAUCCUUGCCAUCGUUUCGGGCAUCAUUGUACCCGUGACGUCGAUGCCGGCUCUCUACCGCGACUUUAUCAUCUACGUCAACCCCAUCGCGUGGUACGUCAAGGGUCAGAUUGCUACCGUGCUCCACAACCUGCCCGUCAUCUGCAACGAGGAAGAUCUUGCGCGCUUCAACCCUCCCCCGGGACAGACGUGCGGCGCUUACGCAGGCGCAUGGGCCGAGCAGGUCCAAGGUCAGCUCGUCAACCCAGAUGCAAUGUCCAACUGCGGCUUCUGCCAGUAUCAGAUCGGCGACCAGUUUGCCGAGACGCUCAACGCGCACUACAGCUUCCGAUGGCAGUCCUUUGGCAUCUUCCUUGGCUUCACUAUCUUCCAGGUCUUUGCCGUCUAUGCCUGCUACUGGUGGUUCCGCGUCAGAGGCUACGGCUUAGGCACCAGCUAUGUCACUGGUCUCCUCUACAAGCUCAACCCCUUCAAGAGGUCGUCGUCGGCGCCAAAGGAAGAAGAAGGUGCCUAACUUAUCAUAUCAAUACUGGACCCUACUUUGCCCUUUCGGCUUUUCCAAAAAACUUCCUAGAAAUCAUCUGUUGAUAAUCACAUCGUCUUCGUUUGCGUUCCCGCUUUCACACAAUCU